UCCAUCAGCGUCUGACAAGAUCUGUUUUCGGGUAAUUAUGUUUAUGCAGUAGUAUAUAUGUAGUAGUAUUGUGCAAUAUGCAAAUGACUUAUGAGCAAUUUACUUUGCUUUACAUGCAAACUUAAGUAAAUACUUUAUAAAAAACAGCAGUGAUGGAUAACAUAGGAGUAUGGAUGACCUGCCCGAUGUCGAAAUACCUACAAGACGAGAUUGCGAAACGAUUCAUGCUCUACAAGUCAUGGGAAAUCCCAUCAAAACCCGAGUUUUUCAAACAACAUUCGAAUUCAAUCAAAGCAGUUGUUGGAAACGGAUCCUAUGGAGCUGACUCCACUUUGAUUGAAGCACUUCCAUGUCUAGAGAUCAUCUCGAGUCAUAGUUCUGGUUUAGAUCAAAUCGAUUUAGUGAAAUGUAAAGAAAAGGGUAUCAAGGUUGCAUCCACCCCUGAUGCCUUGACUGAUGAAGUUGCUGAUUUGGCCAUAUUACUAAUUUUAGCUACUCUUAGAAAGAUUUGUGCUUCUCAUCAGUUUGUUAGGACUGGAUUGUGGAAGCAACGAGACUUCGAAUUGACAACAAAGGUUAGUGGAAAAUUAGUAGGGAUCAUUGGCUUAGGAAGAAUUGGCUCAGCAAUUGCAAAGAGAUUGGAGGCAUUUGGUUGUCCAAUUAGUUAUUACUCAAGAUCAAAGAAACUGGAUAUAUGUUACAAGUAUUAUUCAAAUGUGAUUGAAUUGGCUUCCGAUUGUGACAUCCUAGUGGUUGCUUGUUCUUUAACCAAAGAAACACGACAUAUAAUCAACCGUGAAGUGAUUAAUGCGUUGGGGCCAAACGGGUUUCUCAUUAACAUUGGACGAGGAGGUCAUGUGGAUGAACCAGAGCUUGUGUCCGCUCUUGUUGAAGGUAGGCUAGGUGGGGCUGGACUCGAUGUGUUUGAGCAUGAACCCGAAGUGCCUGAGCAAUUAUUUCAUCAUGAUGAUGUAGUUUUGUCGCCGCACGUGGGAAGUUGCACGGUUGAAACCCGCAAGGCUAUAGCUGACCUUGUUGUGGCAAAUCUUGUGGCUCACUUUUCUAACGAACCAUUGCUAACGCCUGUUGAACUUUGAAGGGUCAUGUCUGUUAAGGCAAAUUUGCAUAAAGUUUGAUUUUUUUACGGUCAUAGUGGACACUUUAGACCAUGUCACAUUCAUCGUGUGAUAUUUGAUUAGAUACAUAUGGUAAAUCGCUUAUUAUGCUUGCUUUACAUGUGAAUUUGGGAAUGCUUGUCUUA